GAGCUGGAGACCACAACUUCCCCUUGGGGUUUUUAAGAGAAGACAAAAGCGGCACAUAUUCUCUAGAAUUCAAAAGUACGAAAAAGGCUUUGUUUCAUUUCAGGCUCGUCCUUGCCCAGUCUGGUUAAGGCAGUCCGUUGAUUUGCAUGAGAAGAUACAUUAAAGUUUACGCUCUUGGUCGUAAUGAUGGCGGGCAGUCGGCCGACUCUCUCAGCCUUAGUGCUCUGGAUGCAUUUCUGCAGUGUUGCGGCGCUGACGGAGCCUGAGGUGUGCUACCUUCUGGACGGCAUCCUGUUCUUCUACGGGAUCAUCCUGACCGUGCUCUAUUUCAGAAUCAGGCGUCAACAGAUGAGUCGUUCGAAUGCUCAAACUCCUCCAAUAAAGGGGAAGAAGCCAGCGGAAGAAGGCGUAUACACGGGCCUGGCAUCUCACACUCAGGACACAUAUGAGACGGUCGGCAUGAAGAAGAAUCCAAACAUGUGAACCAGUCGGUUUCAGCUCCGUCGGUUUGUGAGGCUGACAACCAAUGUAUAAACUAUAUUAUCCAUAGUCAUUCUAACAAUAUUAAUGUAUAAACUAUAUUAUCUAGUCAUUCUAACAACAUUAAUCUAUUAACUGUAUUAUGCAGACAUUCUAACACAAACGUAUAAACUAUAUCAUGCAUGAACUAUAUUAUCCAUAGUCAUUCUAACAGCAUGAAUGUCUAAACUAUAUUAUUCAUAGUCAUUUUAAAAACAUUAAUGUAUAAACUAUAUUAUCCAUAGUCAUACUAGCGACAUUAAUUUAUCAACUUUAUUAUCCAUACUCAUUCGAACAACAUUAAUGUGUCAACUAUAUUAUGCUUACUUCUUCAUUCUUCUGUGUGGAAAUGUGUCUAGGCGAAAAUAAGAAGCGGGAAAACACCCGAUGCUCUCCUUCGAAUCCUUUGCAAAUAUUUAUGCAUAUCAGGGCAGGCAAAGUUGAGCCUGUAGUGCCUUUGUUUGUGUACAACAACACAUGUGUUGUCGCAUGCGUUGCGUGUGCGUGCGCCUGGCCACACAUAGACACAUGGAAAUACUAACAUGUGAGCCGACACCAGAAGGGAGACAUAGACGGGCUUUCUGCACGAUGUACGAUACACUAGGGGUCUGUUGAGGAGGUGAUGAUCUAGUGGUCGGGGUGGUGGGAUGUCAAAAAAAAAAGAAAGAAAGGUGUCUGGGUUCGAUCUUCAACGUUCUUCGAUCUGCCUUUUGAUAUGUUCACACGUUCUCGAGUUCUACCAGAUAAAUGUUACACAGUUGGCGUAAACGUUUUUUAACACCAACUGUCUCAAUGUUUUUGCUGUUGGUGAAUAUUUUCCAUGUUAUCUGUUUCUUUCUUUCUUUGGGCUGUGGCCAGAUGAUACUUUUAAAAUUGUCAUAACUUUUGUCUCAAAUCAAAUAUGUAUUGUACAUAGAAUAUGGAAGUGGGCUUAUCUGUUUCCUCUAUAUUUCUUCAACUCAUCAUAUAUCAGCAUCACACAUAUUUGUUAUCGCUUUAAAAACGAGUGCAAUAUAUUUCAUGUCGUUGUCAUUAAAGAUAUAAAGGAGAUAUA